GGAAUGGAAGGUACACACUCCUCCGACGUAUGACGUAGAACGUCACGUCCUGCCUGCGUAUCGACGUGCCGUCAGUUUGGAUGUUUGGCGCGCGGGAUAAUUGGCUAGGACGGGAUGCUAACCAAACGGAGUUCUUGAAUUAGCAUUGGCAGUUGAAGACUCAGAUUUCCCCAGGUAGAGAGAGAGAGAGAGAGUAGCAGGCCUUCUAACAGGGAGGAGAUGGCGCAGUCUAACGGCAGGUUGUAUUCAGGGCCUCUGUCCCAGGCGGCACAGAAGAUCCUGGUUGUUCUGCGGGCCCAGAGUGGACAUGCAGCCAGACGCAACCACAACUACUACGAUCACAGGCAAAUAGAGGAGCGGAAUAAUGGCAGCCAGUGGGAGCCGUGGGCUCAGAGCAACUGGAGCUUGAGUCAUCAAGAGAACAAAGAGGGAGGCACAGACCGGCCCCAGGUGCCCUCCUUUUCCACUUCUUACAAUGACGCCUCUAACCAAUGGCAGAUCUCUCAGACCUCAGCCUGCUAUCAGUACUCACAGACACCGGACUGCUCCCUGUCAUCCCAGGCCUCCUCCUGCUGGGAUUCCUCACUUCAAAGGCAGACGUCUCCGACUGAAGCCUAUUAUCGGUGCUCACAGGUUUAUUCCCACAGAAAGUACUCCGAACCCCCUGCUUGCCAGUCCAGUCAGGCUCUGUCAUUCACUCAGCAUGAGGAGACGGCAGCAUCUCUCUCCAAUAGAGACAGAUACACCCUCUCCCUCCAAAUACCAAAGAAACGUUAUGAACAUCAAGCUACACCAUGGAGAAGCUCCACUGAAGAAAUCAGGCCACAUUUCAUCCUCAAUCUUUCUCCAGACAAGAAGGAUCAUGAUAUGGCUUUGUUCCCCCCAACCAAUUACCCUGAUACCCACAAAGCUCAGCCUGCUUUGGCUUGUCACCAAGUUUCUUCUGGCCUUAAAAUAAGUGAAGAGACAGACAAUGACACAUCAGGUGCACAGAAAAAAAACAGAAAUGCAGAGAGCUGGCAUAUCCCCAGAAAGAAGCUAGACCAAUCUGUAGGUUUGGACAGCCUAGCAAAGUGGAAGCAACCUCUAUUCAACCCCACUAAAGAGGUCAUCAGUGGAGAAGAAGAUGGGGGCAUACUAUAUAACCAAUCAGAGGAAGGGGUUCAGCAAAUAGUGGAUUCCGAAAAUAGGGGGGCAGCUAAUGAAGAAAUCUCAGACCAAGGACAUGAAAUGCAGGAUGCAGCAACUGGUCAAGAGACAAGACAUUGGGAUGCACCCUUGCCACAUGAAAAAGGAUCAGCCAGUGAAAUGCAAGGAUUUCAGUUCUUGGGAACAAAUGAGAACCCUAGUUUAGAGAGAAAUUUGAACUUGGUAUAUACAAGUAAAAUGGACAAAAGCUUCCAUUGUUAUUCUGAGGUUACAAAGUCUUGGCAGAAAGAACAUAAUGACUUUGAUUGUAUAGUUAAUACACAUGAAAUCAAAAUUGAACAUUCACCUAGCAUUGACGAUAAAGAGAUUUCCGUGGGAUGUCUACCGUGCACUCCAAAAAAGAUCUUGACAUCUUCAGAAAGGGGAGAUCACAAGUGGGUCCACUGCCAAGCUGAAAGCCCUCAGGAUGUGAGUCAGACUGUGACUGAAACAGCAGAGAAGGACAAGACAGAAAACCCACCAUCAUUCCUGGGUGACACCACUGCUGAUAACCUGGAGAGAACCAAAGAGGAAGGAAUAGAAGUAAUGGAGGUUGGUUUGGAAGUGCAGAAAGAGAGCAGUGCAGUUGUUGAUUCAAGCAUUGAAGUUGAAAUUGAGACAGAGCAACACCAUUGUUCUGAUGUCCAAAUAAGAGAAAGCCAGUGUGAGACAGAUUAUAGAGGGGUCAAUGAGUUACCUGGAGGAGACAUUGAGCCAGGAGAGAAGGGGGGAGAUAGAAAUGAGUAUGUGAUGCCACCUGUGGACAGCGAAAAUGCAAGUACAUCUACAGAGGAUUUGGGAAGAGAAAGUUCUCCCACGCCCCCAUUGUCCCAGAUGUGCAGGGCAAAAAGGUUAAAGUUCAGAGCUCCCUGUCUCCUUGGGAACCACCAGCACCAUGACAAUGUACAAACUGCUAAUGGAAAUGUCAGAGGGAUCAGCUCAACCGAGAUACUGGCCUCAACAUGCAGUUUUGCUGCUGGACAAAAUUCUUUCUCAGCACAAGAUUUGAUCUCAACUACCACAAAACCGAGCAAAAAGCUGGGAAACAGCUACCUGCCUACAUCUGAAACUCAUUCAUGUCAUCCUCUCCUCAUCCCCUCCUUCCCCUUAAAGAGGAAGCUUGAAGUACUUAAGCGACAAUAUGCUGACCCUCCUAAAAUCUACAUAACCGGACAUCCUCCAAAAUGGGAGCCUCCUUAUUCCUCUCAAGAAAAGGCAGGGGAAGUAGGGGGAAUUGAGCUGAAGAGAGCCAAGCCUGGGACCUCAAUCCCUGAACUUCCAGCUGUAAACCCAAAACCACAGACUGAAGUCAGUCCUUUACAUAAAACAGGAAAAGUGUUAGGGGUACAUAAAGACCCACAUGGCCCCAAGCAAGUUCGACAAAUCCAGCAAAGUAUGCUGGAAGGAAGGUGCCCUAAAUCAGCUAGGAAUACUUCCAAAAAGACCCAAUCUUCUGCGACCUGCAAACCACUCAACCGGACCAAAUGUGGGCCUGAUGAGGGAAUACAUGGGGCAAAGUUAUCCCACGAUGAGGCUAAUGGUAAUGAGUCCCAGAACCAAUCCAAAGCUGGCUGUCUGACUGCGACCCUGACGUCUGAUCCUAGAGUAAAGGAUUCUUGUAAAAUGAACCCAGACGAAAAGAUGCAAAUGCUUGAGGAGUUGGAAAAGACCAAGGCGCUGGUGCUAACCUUGGUGUAUCGAGAUGGAACAACUCAGCUAGACCUAGAACAGAAGCUCACUCAAGCAGUGUGUGGCCUUCUCAUACUGAUGAAGAACAGUCUUGACCGCAGCACACCAGAGGACACGCUCGGGCCAAAUGACAGUCUGGUCUACUUAAAACUAGAGCACACACCUGCAUGGGCCCAGCAACACAAACGCCAGAGCCAGGAGCUCUUUACUAGAGAUAUAUUGCUACAGGUUCUAUCAAGAUCCCAACUGGUGGUGUGCUAUAAAGCCAAGGAUUUCCUUCGUACAGCUCUGCAGUUGUACAGACAAGACCUCAGCUGGAAACAAGUGGCAGGCUGCCAAAUCCAGGACCCACAGGUGUCAGGGUGGCUUCUGGAUCCUACAAAUCCGUCCUCCUGCUACCCGGACCUUCUCAGUAAACACAACAAAAGACCCCACACAACACCUGCCCUGGGUACCAAGAAGGUUUCUCAGGUCAUCUCAGGUCUCUAUUCACUCUACUGUCUUAACAUGAAGCUAUGCUUUAAACUACAGAGCCAGGGGCUGUGGGAGCUGUACUCAGACUUGGAGCUCAACAUGAUCUCUGUUUUGGCAGCCAUGGAGAGCCAUCACAUCUAUGUGGACAAAGAAGCUCUUAAGAGAACUUCAGACCUGCUGGGGGCCAAAAUGAAGCAGUUGGAGCAGGAGGCCCACCGAGCAGCUGGACAAAUAUUCAUGGUCACCAGCAACACUCAACUACGAACAGUUCUGUUUGAGAAGCUGUGCCUCCAUAAGCGUUGUGAGAAUAAGAAACUUCCCAAGACUAUCAACAAACAACAGCAGUCGACAUCCGAAGCUGCAUUGUUGCAGCUUCAGGACCUGCACCCUCUGCCAAAGAUCAUUCUAGAGUACAGACAGGUUCACAAAAUCAAAUCCACUUUUGUUGAUGGGAUUCUCUCAUGCAUGAUGAGCAAGAACUACGUUUCCUCUACAUGGUACCAGACAAGUUCGGUGACAGGGAGGAUCUCAGCCAAGCAUCCAAACUUCCAAGCCCUCCCAAGACAGCCACUUCAAAUCACCAAGAAGCAGUACAUCGAAGGAAAGGAGGAGGAGGUGGUGACUGUUCAUCCUCGGGCAAUGUUUAUCCCUCAGGAAGGAUGGACUUUUCUUGCUGCAGACUUCUGCCAGGUGGAGCUGCGUCUGUUGGCUCACCUCUCCUCUGACCCUGAGCUGCUUCGCAUUUUCACCAACCCACAGGCGGACGUCUUUACCAUGUUGGCCUCUCAGUGGAAAGGGGUGAGUGAGGGGGAGGUGACUUCUGAGGAUCGGGAACAUGCCAAACGCAUUGUCUACUCUGUUGUGUACGGGGCAGGUCGUGAGCGUCUGUCGGGGAUCCUCGGUGUGAGCACUGAGCAGGCCAGCCGAUUCCAGGACAGCUUCCUGCAGACUUACAGAGAAGUCCAUGCCUUCAUCCAGAGGACCAUCCAGCAGUGCCACAAACAAGGGUAUGUGCUCUCCAUCAUGGGUCGUCGACGAACCUUCCCUAACAUCAACGCCCCCGAUUGGGGCAUCCGCAUGCAGGCUGAGAGGCAGGCAGUCAACUUUGUGGUCCAAGGUUCAGCUGCUGAUCUUUGUAAGAUGGCCAUGAUCAGAAUCUUCAAGCUGGUCUCCUCCUCCAGCUCAUGCUCCGCCAGGCUGAUAGCACAGCUCCAUGAUGAGCUUCUGUAUGAAGUGGAGGACUCCCAAGUGGAACAGUUUGCAGAUCUGGUGAGGAGCACCAUGGAGUCCCUUCAGCACAUUGACCAUCUGGGAGUCCAUCUUAAAGUCCCCCUGAAGGUGGCAGUCUCCAGUGGCAAGUCUUGGGGAUCCAUGUCUGAGCUUAACAUCCCUCCAAUGUCGCCUUCUCUUUAAGUCCUGCCUCUUUUUUCGCUGUGUCUUUCUCCCCCUUUUACCACCUCUUUUGCUUCUUCUACCACCACACCUCUGUAUUGAAUACAUUUUACAACAUUUUCUUGCUCUGCUCCCUCUUGGAGUCUUCUCCUCCUUCUGCCUCUUCUUAAUUUCUUGUUACAUUUCUUUAUCUUGUAAUCUUUCUGUUUCACUCAGUCUGUCUCUCCUGCUCCCUUCACGUGUCCUGCAUCCACAUUGCUAUGGAAACCAGGCAGCUGCAGCUCCUUCCAGCUCCCAGUUCUUGCUUUCACUCCAUCCGUAUCCGGGGGCAACGGCAGGAGCCUCCUCUCCUCUGUUUUCACACUCUUAUUAAGACCAGUGCUGUUUUCGCUGCCUUGUUACCAAGGUGAAUCUCCACAUUUGAUAUAGUGCUUGAUAUUUAUUGGUUCAUAAAAUGUGUUGUAUAAUUUUUGUAAAAAACAGUAGUUUUGAUGUACUUUGUACCUGCAAGAUGGUGUACUGUAUUCUAUAGAAAAGAUGCUUGUGUUUAUUAUUUUUAUGCUUUGUUUGUGCAGAAUAAUUCUUGCUUUGAGGUUCCCACUUGAUGAACCCAAUAACCUUUCUCACCC